AUGCAGGUCGCAACCAAGUAUAAAAUGGAAGCAAAAUCACUUAAACUCGUUAACUAUUCUUCAAGUAACUUGAGGUCUGCUUGGAAUAUUUCGGAUGCUCUUAAAAACAAAGUAAUAAACCCAUGGAGCAUAUCUAGUGAUAAUGUACAACUAAUCGAAGAAGAUGAUGUGGUGUAUGAUUAUGAUGGCUUGGAAAAUUACAACUCGGCAAAUCUUGUUGGUGUCCUUGCCAUUUCAGUUGUGUUUGGAUCAAUCUUGAGUAUUUUAGGUGAAGAAGGUAAACCAGUUGUGGAACUAGUUGGAUGUAUUUUUAAAGUGAUGAUGAAGAUGGUUGAUUUAUUCAUAUGGUAUGUUUAUCUCUUCAUUCACUUUAAUUUACCGUGAUAUGUUCGUAUUUAUAUCACACCUGGUGAAUGCAAUUAAUGAAAUAUUGCACUACUCUUAACCAAUCAGAUUGCAGUAGUUUGUUCCUUAUUACGGUGGGUUAUGUUUAAUGUUGAUAUUUUUGAACAUCUUUUUCUAGUUUAUUUUCCAAAAUUUAUAAUGCUUUUUUCUUUCGCCUACCUGAUAAUUCAAAGCUUUUUGCCAAACGAUGAGUAAAAGCAUGCUCGUGACGUCACUGAUUACAUGUUAGGAAAAUUUCAAAAUCGAUCUUUCAAAUAAAAUUGCUUACUGAGCAAUAUACCUCCGUCUUAUCUUUUGAUAUCUAUAUAGCUAUCUUGGUUUGUUCAUUUAUAAAAAGUGCGGCACCAUUGAACCGCAUGGCAGGAUCAUCAUUAGCGGGGGAAAAUAGCACUGAAACGUAGCUAUCCCCAUUGCAAACGUUAUUGCGAUGCUGCAUCGUGCACAGAUCCUCACUGGAUCACAGAAAUGUCCCCAGAGUUUGUGUGUGAUCGGCCCUUAAUGCAGCUUGGCUGCAAGACCUGGUACCAAGUCUUAAAGAUUAUCAAUAAAAUACACUCACCCAAACAGGUAGAAUCUGAAACGUGGGUACAGAACAUUAUAAGUCUCUAGGAUCAAUGGAUAGCGAGAGCGAUAUCUAGCAAGGCAUAUAACUGUAACAAUAUCUACUAAUAUCCAACAAGUUGAAAUAUAUUCAGGGAAAAUGUAAUUCAAUAUCGGCGAGUGUGAAUAUUAAUUUUGCGUUUGGAUACAUAUGCAGUAUAUGAUAUGUGGGUUUCUAUAGUCUCUGGUGCAUUUCGCCAUUCAAUUUUCCGUACCCUAAAUAUUUUAAAUCUUAUAUAUAAUCUGUGUGGUGAUGUAUGUUAUAAACUUAUAGUGCAAAAUAAUGUGUAAUUUUGAUGCAGUAAAAAAUUAUAUGAAACUAUUGAUCAUUAUUAUAAGAUCAUUCAUUAAAUUGUCAAUAUCAGUCGCCAUACUAGCUGCUUUAUUCUGUCUCGUUUUCAGGCUCUACUCUUCUUUUGUUAAUUCUAUUGAAGUAAUUACAAAAACAAUUGCACUGCCCUUUAUAGUUAAUAGAAUUGAGUAAUUUUUUCAUGUAUAUAUUAUUAAACGUAUGAAGUAUUCACGAUCUUCUCGUGUAAAAAGUGAACUUAAUGAAAUUCGGCCUACAGCGAACAUGCACAACAAAGGACUUAUCUCCCCGCCCGAAGACCUUGCUGGGUGAGAUGGAUUGGUUUAAAACGUGGGUCGCAACAAAUCUUCAUAGUAUGAACAGUUAUUUUUAGAAUAUAUUUUCUACAGAACGAAUCACAUCAUGAUUCCUUUUUUCUAAGCAAGCCAAUUAAUGCAUCAGCUUUGUAUUUAUAUAUGCUCGUAUAGUUAAUCCAUGACUCAGGUAAUUCAUUCCCGCGAUAUAGUUAAAAGUUUGUUACAUGCAAAAUGUUUUAAAUUUACUUAUAGAGGCGUUGUUAUAUUUUUAUUGAAUAGGUUUACACCUUUUGGAAUCCUGAGUAUCAUAGCUGGAAAUCUAACAGGAAUGAAAGACAUUAAAGGCAGUAUGGAAAGUCUUGCCAAGUACAUUGUAACAAUGUUAAUUGGUAGCCUUAUACAUGGAAUUGUUAUUCUGCCGGGUAUUUACUUUUUAUUACUGAGAAGAAAUCCUUUCCGACUUCUUGUUCGAAUGUCUAAAGCGCUGUUGACUGCUUUUGGAACCGCAUCGAGGUAUGGAAAAUGUUUAUAUAAUAUAUAUAUAUAUAUAUAUGGCGCAAGCAAACUAUUUAGAGUAGUAUCGCCUGAAGAUCGCUUUGAAAGCGUGAAACACUGUGUAGCGAUUAAUAAAAUUUUAAGAUUAUAAUUAGUAUAUUUUGCUCUAUCAAUUAAAUUUGUUAUUGAGCACUCUUUUUGUACAACGGGCAACGAUUUAUUAUUGUAUGUAUAUAUAUAUAUAUAUAUAUAUAUAUAUAUAUAUAUAUAUAUAUAUAUAUAUAUAUAUAUAUAUAUAAUAUAUAUAUAUAUAUAUAUAUAUAUAUAUAUAUAUAGUUUUUCGUUUUACCGCAAAAAACCACAACAGUCUGUUUCAUCCGUAUAGAAUCAUGAUGAUUCCUAUACGGAUGAAACAGACUGUUGUGGUUUUUUGAGGUAAAACGAAAAACUAUAAUUAUUACGCUCUAUCUAUAUGGUAUUGAGCACUGUUCGUGUUUCGUAAACCAGAAUCUUAAGCUAUAUAUAUUAAUUAUUACGCUCUAUCUAUAUGGUAUUGAGCACUGUUCGUGUUUCGUAAACCAAAAUCUUAAGCUAUAUAUAUAUAUAUAUGUAUAUAGUACAAUCUGCAGACAUGCAUGUUUCGGCGUUCAACGCUUCGUCAGUGCAGCUUGGUACACGUCUAGAUACAUGAUACCUCCGUAUUUAUUUUCUACACAUGAGCGUGCUCUCACCAAGCGCAUGUGGUACAACACGAAGGUAUCGACGCAUCCAGACAUACGCCGAGUGUAAUGGGGCCAGAGUGCGCGCUCAAACAACCACGUGCGUUUGGGUCAUAUAGAGCCUGCGCAAGCUCACGUGAGCGCAGAAAUUUAAACACAAAAUCUAAAUAAACAACGUGUAAGUUUAUAUUUUCUGAGCUCUAUGAACAAUGAGCAAUGAGCUCUGAGCUCUUGAUCAUGAACGGAAGAGAAAGGAAAAUAAAGAUAUAUAAUUCAGUUUAUACUCUCGUGCUAAAUUGACAAAAGCGUAUAUGGCUGUGCUCGCUUGAAUGCAUUCUAAUACAAUGUUUCUUGUCGUUGAUUGCUCGUCUAUAAAUUGAUGUUAAUAGUAAAUUACACUUGUUCUCGAAGAAUUAAUGAAAAAGCACACUUAUUUUGUUCAAUCGGUUCUUUUUUGUUUAAUUUCCAGUAAGUUAUAUUGCAUAGUGUGCAACAAGCGUGUUAGUUCGAUCUGCAGCUAAUUCACCAUUUGAAAUAUCAAUCUUUUUUUAAUAUAGUUCUUCAACCAUGGCUAUUGCCUUAUCAGACCUGGAAACGAAACAUAAAGUUGACUCUCGUAUUUCUCAGUUUAUAAUUCCAGUUGGCACAAUUAUUAACAAAGGUGGAUCAGGCAUGUAUAAUGCUGUGAGUGCAAUAUAUAUUGCACAAACUCAACAUGGUUUUACAAUGAACAUUGGUUCCGCCGUUGUGCUGUGGUAAGAUCACAUUUCAUGCAUCAGGGGACUGGCAAUUAGCGGGGGAGGGAGUAAAACAUAACAGAAUGGGUGGAGACUAAAUAGAGCUAUAGCGCUCUAAAUACAUUUGGAAACCUUUUCUUACAAUUUAGCAUUAUUUAGCCAUAUCAGUAAAAGUUAUGCAGUAUAUUAUCAGCGAGCAGAACGUUUGCGUUCAUAUUGCGUCGGCAUAUAUAAGUGUAUAUUGAGAAUGACAUAAUUAAUAAUGAAUGGGGGCUAAAUGGGAGCUAGGGGUGGCUUAAAAAAGGCUUGGGAUUCAAUAGAGGGAAUAUGGUAAGUUAUAACAACAUGGCCAGAAAUCUCGGACAUGGUUUAUUCCACUUCCUUCGUGAUUUGCAUAUAUCACGUUGAAAUAUGGCUUCAACUGUUAACAAUGAAUUAUAUAAGCGACGUUGUUAAGCGCAAAAUCUGAGAACAAAGUAUAGGUGGUUCGCAUGCAACUUGCCUCAAUGGCUGGCUGCAAAACAAGACCUGUCAAAGUCAAAGCUCUCUAAUAAUUAUAUGCUCAAUAUAAGACUGCAUGUCGCGAGUGUUGCAAAUAAUGUGUGCCAUGACUGAUCAAUUCACAACGUAAACUAUAGUUAUUCAUUUCAUUUUAGCUUGGCUUCAACAAUUGGGUCAGUGGUAGCGGCUCCAGUCCCUGGUUCAGCGCCUAUUGUCUCAAAAACGAUAGUUUUACAAGCUAUUGGUAUUCGAUCUGCUGACAUUUCAUUGAUUCUCGCUGUUGAUUGGCUUGUGUAAGUAGAGUUUAAGAUCGUUCCUUUUUGUUUCCAGCAGUUCAACCAUAGGCAGCCCAGACAUGUAUGUUGAUUCUAUUCUAGUUUCUGAAAGUGAAAUAGCUUUAAACACUCGCGCGUGGAAAUUAUACGGUCGCGUGACGCUCGCGUGGGCAUUGUCAACACGAUGAUUCAUCGUAUAUAUAUAUAUUACCAUUACUAAUAUAUAAUCCUCCCUCCCCCGUUAAUUGCCAGUCCCCUGAUGCAUGAAAUGUGAUCUCACCAUAGUACAACGGCGGAACCAAUGCUCAUUGUAAAACCAGGUAAUAUAUAUAGAGGGCCCCCUAUACUUUUUGCGUGAAGCGUGAAGGGCUUAUUUUACUUCGCCGUGAAACGUGAUCGGCAGGGGCGUAGCAUGACCUUUUUAACUGGGGGGGUGUAACAUCUAAGUUUUACCGACUCACGCGCCACGAGGCGCCACCAUGGUUGGCGCCGAGUGGAAAAUUUUUGAAAAUAUGGAGUCUCUAGAUCGUUGGAAAUGGCAUUUUCAGAGCCUUCUGUACCUUAUACACACAAGGUUUGGUAGCUUUUAUUUAUAUCAAGCAAAACCAUAUUGUUGAAGUUGUGUUAUUUUCGAAAUCCGUGAGAAUCCGUCAGAUAUUAACAAGCUGUGAGACUGUGAGUGUGAGCUCACCGUGAGGUUUUAUUAGAAUCCGUGACCGCCCCUUAUACGCUACAUAUAACAUAUACCAUAACAGCUAUACAGCAAUUGACAAAUAAAUAUUUCGGCGCGCGUUUAAUUUAAUGACACUUACCGUGACGGCGUGACUUUAGUCAGCACUCAGCCGUCUAGAAAUAACGUAAAACCAGAAACGUAGCAAACGCUUUAUUAAUUGGAAUAAUUGUUGUCUUUGUUACUUCGCGAUAAGUCAUUUUACCCAAUGGCAUUUAUCUUGUUGUUUAUUGUAAUGAACAGACUUGAAAAAUUGGCGAAACAUUUUAUGAGCACCGCGUGUCAAUAACAAAUAUAUAAAUAUAAUCUUUAAUUCUUUUGCGUAUCAUUGUAUCAAGGUCAAAAGUUCGCGCACAGUUGAACAUGUCCAAUCAGAACCGACUGUUUUCGCAGCUCUUGCAAGUGUAAUACGAUAGGAAAUUAGGGGCUCCAAUGCUUACGCGUAGAUAUUUAAUAUAAGUGUUUUAAUACUGAAGAAUUACGUACAUUUUGCAUAACUUUAUUGGAGAACAAGGCACAAUAUUAAUUUUAUUUUUUUUUAUUAUUAAAAGCCAUUUACCGAGGAGCAAAAUUCCACUUUAACCGAUUUGUUUUACCGACCGCUGUCAUGGCUCUUGCCAUUACCGAAUAACUUUGCGUUUUACCGACUACCUCACUAAAACUGGGGGGGGUGUCACACCCCCCACACCCCCCCGCACGCUACGCCCCUGGUGAUCGGGCCCCCUAUACGUUUUGCGUGAAGCGUGAAGGGCUUAUUUUUCUUAGCCGUGAAACGUGAUCCAUGAUUUUCUUAAUCCGUGACUCGUGAAAAGGCAAAAUAUUUUUACGUGAAAGCAUAUUGUGAAGAGGUAUAGGGGGCCCUCUAUAUACGAUGAAUCAUCGUGAUGACAAUGCCCACGCGAGCGUCACGCGACCGUGAUAAUUUCCAUGCGCGAGUGUUUAAAGCUAUUUCACUUUCAGAAACUAGAAUAAAAUCAACAUACAUAUCUGGGCUGCCUAUGGUUCAACCCCGGCGACGAAACGUGCAACUUAUGUAUACCCUGAAUCACUUAUAUUGGAACGAAGGAUACAAGUAAUAAUCCGUACGAUAGUCCGUAUUAUAUAAGCCAUAAAGAAAAAAAAAAUGUCUGUAAAUAGGAGAGUGUAAAAACUUAUCCUCUGUCCAAAAAGAGAGGAAUGCAUCUACCUACACAUUGGAUUUUAAACGAUACAAGGUUAGCCUGACAUAAGUUGUUUUCCGAUUAACCAUUUUCUAAAUUUAGCCUACAUUAUAUUUAUUUCUGCAGAUCACGAAUUUCAACACCUCUCAAUGUGUGGGGAAAUUGUGUUGGGAGUGCAAUUAUCGAGCAUUUAUCAAGUGACGAUCUUUCUGAUUUAACUGAAAGCAGGAAUUCGAAUAGAUGUGUUAAUGGUAAAGUUCAAGGAGAAGAUAAUGUUGCCAUGAAAAUCUCAGAGGCGGAUGAUGAUAUAACAGAAAUUACAGACGAUCAUGACAUAGUAUAGAAGGAGCGUAAACAAACAUACCGUAUAAUAUAAUUCCUCUGUUAUAGACCUCAAUUUGAAAUAUUAAACUUUCUUUUAGACUUUAUUUAUACCAUUAUCUAUACAAUAUUAAAUGGAAUGGCCCUAUAUUGACAUUAACAUAAACAUUUAUGACUCAUGUUUCUUUUGUUGAACAUGGUCGUGCACGAGUUGGUCAGUGCGCGAUUGCGCCUCAUCAUGCCACAGGGCAUCACGCGUACGGUUCAUUCGAAUUGCGUGCAUGCCUGUGUCGGUGCAUGUCGUCAUUUCUGUCUAUAUGUGUCUGUUUACCUCUACCGUGCGUGUAUUGUAUGUUUGUAUGUUGUGCAUUUAUUCUACAUGUCUCUUUCUUCGUUCUCUUCUUCCCUC